AAGUACAGAAGCUGGCUCCAUCUAUGUAUGCUCUUACAGACAGUAUCCAGAAUCCUACAGGAUAUGUUCAACAUCUGAACGCUGUUCGUCUAAGCUCUAACACUGUUUCGUGGUAUGCUUAUAAGAAAAUUCAUAUUAAAGGCGAAUUUUCGUCCAUUGAUUUAUAUGAAUUGGAUAAUAAUUUGGAAUAUUAAAUGCCUGACUGUCUGUUAAGGUGAAUCAGCUGGAACAACGUUUCUGAUCGAUGUUGCCAUUGCCAGGUCAUGGUCGCGGAAUGGAUACAUUCUAUGGACAAAAGACCAGCAGACAGAACGGAAGAGGACUUAGAAAUAAUUUAUUCCAGAUUAAGAAGUAUAAAAGCAUUCGAAAAAAUCCAUCCAAGUCUUUUACAACAGAUUUGUUAUUACGGAUUUUACGAAGAUUUGGACAAAGGUGUUACGUUAUUUCGCCAAGGUGACAAAGGUACAAAUUGGUACGCUGUCUUGACAGGAUCUUUGGACGUUCAAGUCAUCCAAAAAGGAUCAAAUCAGGACGGGGUAACAUUAUGCACUCUUGGGAUAGGAACAGCAUUUGGGGAAUCUGUGUUAGACAACAGACCUCACAUUGCCACAGUUGUUACAAACGAGCAUUGCGAACUUGUAAGGAUUCAACAGAGGGACUUUCAACUCCUAUGGGAAAGAAAUCGCCAUUUAAUGGAAGAUAUUGUAUCACCUCUGAGCACCUUACGCUCACUUACAGAUGAUCCUAUUCUUCAGGAUGCUUCUCCACAAAAUUUCCUUUUAAUUGUUAAUUUAAUUCUUUAUCGAAUGAUUUCAACAUCUUACGUAACUCACAGUAUUNUCACGUAUACAAUAAAUCAUUUGUGUGCAAAGAUGUGGAAAACUGUUUUGGCCAAACAGUUUCAGUAUGAAAGAUUAACCAGCAAGGGUAAUAAAUUAGAGUUCAGACCAGACAAGAUCGAAAUGGCACCUUUCUGA